AUGAAAGAGGAAGGCAGCGCCGAUUUCUCCGUUCGCUCCAGAAAAAGGAAAGCAAAUGUGGCCGUUUUUUUGCAGGAUCCAGAUGAAGAAAUUGCCAAAAUUGAGAGGACUGUGAGAAGCCACUGUUGCAGUCAGUCUUUGGACAGUAAUACAGUCUGUGAAAACCCCUAUUCCCUGAUUCCCACACCUGACAAAGAAGAGGAUGAGCUGGUAUACCCAAAUUCCACCUGUGAACCUCAGAGUUUCGCACCAUCAAGAACCUCACCACUGCCGGUACUGAACUGGGCAAAUAAAGAGGAGGUUUGGAAAAUUAUGUUAAACAAAGAAAAGACGUACUUGAGGGAUAAGCACUUUAUGCAGCGGCAUCCUCUUCUGCAACCUAAAAUGCGAGCAAUUCUUCUGGAUUGGUUAAUGGAGGUGUGUGAAGUGUAUAAACUUCACAGGGAGACAUUUUACUUGGCACAAGAUUUCUUUGAUCGGUAUAUGGCAACCCAACAAAAUGUUGUAAAAACACUUCUACAGCUUAUUGGAAUUUCAUCUUUAUUUAUUGCUGCCAAACUUGAGGAAAUCUAUCCUCCAAAGUUGCACCAGUUUGCUUAUGUUACAGAUGGAGCUUGUACAGGAGAUGACAUUCUUAACAUGGAAUUAGUCAUUAUGAAGGCCCUAAAGUGGCAUUUAAGUCCCCUGACAGUUGUGUCCUGGCUGAAUGUGUACAUGCAAGUUGCAUAUCUAAAUGACUUAUAUGAAGUGCUAUUGCCACAGUAUCCCCAGCAAAUCUUCAUACAGAUUGCAGAACUUUUAGAUCUCUGUGUCCUGGAUGUUGGCUGCUUAGAAUUUUCUUACGGUGUGCUUGCUGCUUCUGCCUUAUAUCAUUUCUCAUCAUCUGAAUUGAUGCAAAAGGUUUCUGGGUACCAGUGGUAUGAUAUAGAGAAGUGUGUCAAGUGGAUGGUUCCAUUUGCCAUGGUUAUAAGGGAGACAGGAAGUUCAAAACUUAAGCACUUCGGAGGGGUUCCCGCUGAAGAUGCACACAACAUACAGACUCAUAUAAACAGCUUGGAUUUGCUGGACAAAGCCCAAGCAAAGAAAGCCAUAUUAUCUGAACAAAGUAGGAUUUCUCCUCUCCCCAGUGGGGUCCUCACCCCUCCACAGAGCAGUAAGAAGCAGAGCAGUGGGCAAGAAACAGUGUGA